CACCAAUGUUGAUCAAAUACUGCCAUUAAAGCAUGGAUCACUCACUAACACAAGUGCACAGCGGUAUUUGUGUACGUGAUGACCAAUGAUCUGAUGAUUGUAACGCUUUUUUUUCAAGUAAUGAUACUAUAAGUCGAGUAUUUCCGAAUCUCAGUCUGGUAAUGAAGAUUGUAGUGUAGUGUUUGAGCGCUGCAGAAAGUUAUCAACACCUCCCGGACAGUUCUCACUUUAUCAAAUAGUUUUCAGAGGCUCAGUUUGAAAAGAUGUUGACAGCCACAUUACUAGUUCUUGCAUUGAUUUCCUGCAAUGGAAUGGUAUCGGCCAGUCCAGCUUUGGGGCAUCUCGACAUCAGCAGAGAAGUGUUUGCUUCCGGUGAAUACAAGUUCAGGUCAUGUGGAAACCAUCUCUACAAGCUCAUGUCUUUGGUGUGCAGUCACAGUGAUGCAGUCGAAAACAAAUCUGUUCUAGGAGAACUGGUACUGUUGGAUGAGGAAGAAUGGUUACUUCUGAACAAGGACGACGAUAGUGAGUUGAACUCGGAGGAGAUCGAGAAAAAAGUCGAUAUUUUCAGGAGAAGUCGACGCGACGAAAUAGUCCACAGUUGCUGUAAAAAGGCAUGCACUCUCAGAACAGUAGUUUCCUACUGCCCAGUCUUCAAGCGAAAAUAAAUAAUUGUGAAUUUUG